AUGAUCCAGGAACGUUUGUUGAGGCGAAGCUUUUCAAAGAAGCGGUCUUUCAAGCUUGGUUCCGACAGAGACGACAGGGGAUGGACGACCCUUCACGUCGGCGCAAGGAAGGGUGACGUGAAGGAAGUCAGGCGCCUUUUAGACGAAGGUAUGGAUGUCAACGUGGCUGCAUUGGGCCCCAAAGCGAAAGGGAUGACGCCGCUCCACCUGGCAGCGGAAGGUGGCCAUCUUGAUGUCAUGGACGAGCUACUGGAGCGUGGCGCCAACAUUGAUGCGAGGACCAAGGGGGCUUGUUGUGGCUGGACACCGCUCCACAUUGCUGCCAAGGAGAAGAAGAUGGAAGCUGUGAAAUUCCUGAUCGAGAAUGGCGCUUUUUUGCCAGAUGACAUGGAGGACUGUAGGUUCAAUCCACCGCUGCAUUACUGCGCUGGUCUGGAGUGGGCGUAUGAAGAAAUGAAGAGGUAUCAGAGUGAGGGGUCCUCAUCAUCGGGUGAAGGGUCUUAUAGCUCUGAGAGCUAA